AUGCUUUCUCCGGUCAAUGUGCCGUUCAGUUUGGGCACGCCGCCAGCUCAAUCAAAAGCUGGCCAUACCUGCAGCGCGGCUGGAGCAAGGAAAGUGGCGACAUCUUCAAUUUGUGGAAUACUGGUCUGGUCGAAUCGCGUCUGUUGUACGCUGAAGCGGCAAGAGUCUGGACGGCAUUGUUCCCACAAAUGCAGUGAAAGAAACGCUUGGGUUGCCCCUUUAGUGGAAGCUACAGGUGCGCCUGGGGAAGGAAACGUUGCAUUGGGAGCCAUUCAGCAUACAGAGCAUGGGGCUUCACGGUUGCAUGGGCAAGUGUACGAUGAAGACAUCAAGAGCUGGAGGCCCGUUUUGUUGGAACGUGUAGGCGCAAGUGACAGCUGGCGUGAUCAGGAAUUGACAAUAGAGUUGCCGCUCAGCAAGGUGACCGAACACCUGAACCAAGCAGACCUCCAGAAAACAUUGCCCAGUUGGCCAACAUCACUGCGCAAGCGUUUGGAAGCGUGGCCUGUCAAAGGUCCAGGUACGUUGAUUUUUGAUCCUCAUUUCUUUGCGCAGCGUUCGGCAGCCCUGGCUCUCUUGGAAGCGGGUCCCGUGCUCUUUCCCGGAGCUGCAAGUGCCAUGGGCUUGCCGUCUACGAGUUGCAUCGACGCCUUCGCGGAAAAAUUUCAGAACAACAGCAGCUUGCGAGGUCUUCUGUGCCCAGAGGCCAAGGAUUUUGGGCAGUUGCUGGGACGCGUCCCUGUGAGCCUCGGCGGCGCGCACUUCGACGUGGCAGCAGCCUUGCAGCCUUCAGACCUUGGAGGUACAGUGGUGCACCUCCAGGAGAAGCCCUUGGGAUUCCAGUGUGAGAGCGCUUCGUGGACAUGCGGGGCAGUAAUCCGCAGCGUAGUGACAGGGAGCGAGGCCAAGCGUGCAGGGUGUCGGAUUGGUGACAUCGUUGCUAAAAUCGGCUCAUUGGACGUGAAGGAGGCCCCAUUUGACGACAUUCAGGAGAUGCUUGGAGGGUCGGGCUGUAUCACCUUGACGCUCGAUCGACCAAAUCUGGUGGACAAGAUCUACCUGCGAGAGGUCCCAGCUGUGGAUGACGUGCUCUCAUCUUUGUCGGGCGCAAGAUUAAGUUUAACAGACUUGGUGCCAGCUUUGGGCAAGCAUUUCGGUAGCAAGUAUCUCUUCUUUUCAGAGCAGACACCCAUGCUUUUUGCCGGCGACGCGGCCACUGCAUCACACCUCCACAUUGACCGCAAGCCACUGGUGCAGUUCUGUCAUGUCUUGCAUGGGACGAAAGUCUUUUGCGUGGCUCCCCGAAAUGGCCAAGCGCCGGGACCAGUGGUACCCUGGGAGUCUACAGCGCACGAGGCUGUGCUUUCUGCCGAUGACUUACCGUCGGGCGCGGCUGACUGGCUGAAACGGAAUGAUGUGUCUGUGGCCGUUGCCAGGCCAGGCGACGUUUUAAUGUUUCGAGGUCACUCCACCCAUGCCGGGUGCAAUGGUGCGGCUGAGCUUUGUGUGGCAGUCUUCCAUGGUGCUCAGCCUGUUUCCUACAUGGCACAAGGUCUAUUUGGCCCUGCAUACCAGGCACUGGCCCGGACAAUCCUCUCCAAAUAG